AUGACUAGCAUUAAGGCAAUUGCGCAGGAUUCCAGUCCAGACGAUGAAUAUCUGGCAUCGCUUGAACGUUCUGUCAGGAUGAACCGAGGAGCUGCACUGGUGCCCAAAGAACUUGAGAAAGAUACUGGAUUAGUGGAACAAGCUGGCCUGCAAGGCUUACAGUUACAGCUCCUGUUCCCCUUGAAAGCACCGAGGAUCCUGAGGACGUCUGGCCCCGACCCCGGCCUCUUCACCAACCAACACACGUUUGAGAACAAAUACAUCUACAAGGCCACGUCCAGGGCUCAGAUUGAUGAGGCCAUCGCAGAAGGCUACGACUUCUACCUCAAUUUCAGGUGGGGCACCACCGACGACGCCAUCGCCGGUAUUGAAGCAAUCGAGUACUUUGAAUCGUUUAACUUGCCCUCGGCGGGACUACACAGUGAAGAGCGCCGGCGGUCCAAGUUUGACUUCUUUGCUAAGGCUAAACAGCGGGGCGUGUUGCAUGUCGAAAUGGCCUACUCGGGGAAAAUGCUGCAACUGUGUGAACAAGGUGGAUGGUACAACCAGCUCAUCUGCGAAAGGAUCGUGCAAUUUCUCGCUCGCUAUGAUGAAAAGAUAGACCACGUCGUCUGUCUCUCCGGACUCGAGAGCUUGUCCGUGGAAGAGCUAGAUUUUGUCCUCUCCAGAUGUUUCCAGCUGGCCAGGGUCGACUAUCUGACCUUCGAGGUCAAAUUUCACCCCGAAACGCACGUGGAGCUCUUGCGUUAUCAGGAUGACCCGACCCUCUACACCAAGCUCCAGGAGCUGGCAGUCCAGGCCUUCCACGCCAACAAGAUGGCCGGCCGGACCUGGUGCAAUGUCGACAUCCGUGUGCCGCCGCCGGGACAGGGCGAACCCGUCGUCCUCGAAGUCAACCCAAUGCCUGCCGUCUUUCUCCCUCUGGACCACGAGUGGGAGGAUAUUGCCAUUCGAGAGAGCUUCCCUGGUGGACAUCGCGCCCUUAUCAACAUGAUGAUCGCAAGCCACCUUUUACGCCGCCGCGCGCACGAGGAGAAGCUCAACCGCGUCGCAGAAGUGUACGAUAAUGUCAGCGUGAAAUACGACGACACUAUUGCCAAGCUGCCGCAGGUAUCCGCGAUCUACCGCAAGAUCUUAGACCUGGUAGACUUUUCCCAGGGCACGAUUCUCGAGCUGGGUGCGGGCACCGGUCUAUUCGGUCGCGCUCUGGCUGAGGAGAUGCAGCAGCGGACAACGCCCCCGGACUCGGAUUCGGACUCUGCAUCCAGCAAUAAUCAGACGCCCUCCUCCUCCUCCUCUUCCCUGUCACCUCGACCCUACUCCCUAACUGGUAUCGAGCUGUCCCAGGGAAUGGCCGAGAAAUGCCGACAGACCGGCGUCUACGAGAAGAUUCACCACGGAGCCGUACAGGCCAUUCUCCCGACGCUCGGCCCGUUCGACCACAUUCUCAGUUUGUCGGUGUUGUACUUUUUGCCUCCGGUUGAUUUCUCCCUCACCAUGGUCCGGUCGUUCCAGCUCGCCCGGAAGAGUCUGGUCGUGUGGAUCGAUGAAAUUCCCGAGACUUACACGGCGAAGCUCCUGGAGAUGGGACCGCCCCAUUCGCACAUGAUCGGGUAUAACCACUUGGAAGACAUGGAGAAGACGUUCUGCAAUUCACCGCCGCCGAGAUGGAAGCUGGCCGAGAAGUUCCGGCAGUCUGGGUAG